CAAUUCCAAGCGGCACAAUCCCGUUUUCGCAGAGGCUAACGCUUAAGGAGAUAUGAAGGGUUCUGCUUGCAGCGACUGAGGGAUUUAGUUUACUUGAAGAAAUGUCUCUGUCGUCCUCACCGGACUCAGACCUCACCAGUCGGAGGAGAAGGACCGCAGAACAGUCGCAGGCUUCUUCAUGUGUUCUUCAUCCUCAUGCAAGUUAUAAUCAAGGUGAAAUUCAUGACCAACCGCAGGACACUCCACAACCUGAUGUGGCACACGCUUUCACUCCCUCUCCACCUCACUCCUUAUGUGCUUCGUUAAAGUGCGUGUCUGCACAAGCAUGUUCGAGCAAACAUGUGUGUAAAGACAGCUGUGAGGCGAUCCCAAGAAAGAGGACCAUCAGGGCGGAGAAUGAGGUUGAGGCUAAUAAAUUGGUCAACAACUACAGGUUUGGUUUCAGGAAGUGGAAGAGCCACGUUACUGCACGGCCGUUUGAAGCCCGUUCAGAUGUUGUUAAAGAGCUUUAUUCUGAACUGAAUGUCAUCAAACCACACGCAGGUCCAGGUCAGUUCAUCACCUGUGGAAACGUUGCGUUUGUGCUCCUCUUUGGUUGGUGGGUGUCUCUGGUGUAUUUUGUUGUCGGCCUCCUUAUGUUUGUCACUAUUAUCGGUGUACCCUACGGGAAGCUUUGCUGGAAGUUGUGCUGCUACUUCCUCUGGCCAUUUGGAAACACAAUCCAUGAGAUUGGAAACACUUUGAGAAGAUGUUGUGAGGAGGCACCAGACUGUGAGUGCAGCAUGGAGACAUCCGAGGACAGCUCACCAGUUCUGGUGCAUUCGGUCACAGAGGGACCAGGUCCAGGGAUGCCAGAACCACCUCUACGCACUGCUUAUUGGCACCGUCUCUCCACCUACGUAUGGCUGCUGCUGGGUUAUCCUCCCUUGGCUGUCAUUCACUGUCUGGUCUGCUUCGUUUCCUGGAUCCUGGUCUUCACCAUCCCGGUCUCCAAGAUGAGCGCUCAGACUUUGACCGUCAUUCUACUCCUCCCUCCAGAGGACAUCUUACUCUCCACCAGCACUCACAGGAAGCAUCAAGGCUAUGAAACCAGAGCUCUGCUGUGCUGCUACCACGCUGCAAACUGCUACUACUACAAGUACACUGUUGAUGGGAUCAAUGUGUUUGCAGUCAACCUCCUACCUCUAGUUAUAUUUGCUCUGGUCAUCGGAUAUGUGGACAAAGGAAACCAGUUUGCCAGUUCAGAUGUGAAGUUUGCCACAGCGAUCAGCUCCAUCAUUCCUCUCUCCUAUUACAUUGGUAUGGGCAUUGCAAGUAUCUCUGCUCAGAGUAACUUUGCUGUGGGAGCAGUGGUCAACGCCACCUUCGGCUCCAUCACAGAGCUGACCUUUUAUAUCACAGCUCUGCUCAGAGGCCACCGGGCAGCCAAUCCCUGUCUGCAGGAGGUGGUAAAGGCUGCGCUGACUGGAACCCUGCUGGGAUGCAUCCUAUUCAUCCCUGGCGUCAGUAUGAUAAUAGGGGGCCUGAAACACAGGGAGCAGAGGUUCAACAGCCGAUCUGCAGGAGUGAGCUCAGCAUUGCUUUUUAUUUCUGUGGGAGGUGUUUUUGCACCCACACUGUUUUCCAAGGCUUAUGGGAACCUGGUGUGCAGCGCCUGCACCAACGCCACUGGAGGAAACAGCACAAGCAACGCCAGCGGCCCAUUUGUGUGCCACAACUGCCACUACGAUCUGAAAAAUGGUACACUGUUCCACCACAACAUUGAGCCUCUGAUCUACACGGUGUCAGUCUUCCUGCCUGCUGCCUACAUCAUUGGACUGAUAUUUACCCUGAAGACACACUCACACAUUUACGACAUCCAUGUCGGAGGAGGACAGGAAACCGGCCACCAUGGGACGGUUGUACACUGGUCACGGUGGAGGUCUCUUCUUAUCCUCAUCGUGGCCACCGUCCUCAUGUCUGCCUGUGCCGACCUCGCCACUGAGCACAUCCAGCCCAUUCUUAACCAGCCCAACAUCUCUCAGUACUUCAUUGGGGUGACGGUUCUGGCAAUGGUCCCCGAGAUCCCAGAGAUUGUUAACGGGAUCCAGUUUGCACUCCAAAACAACAUCAGCUUAAGUUUAGAGGUUGGAAGCUGCAUAGCUGUGCAAGUCUGCAUGCUACAGAUUCCAAUACUGGUCUUUUUUAAUGCCUUCUGUGAUGUGGGGUUUGUGCUGCUCUUUAGCGACCAGCACAUGUGGGCCAGCAUCUUCAGCGUCAUUUUAGUGAACUACAUUUUUAUGGACGGCAAGUCAGAUUAUUUUCAGGGUACAGCUCUAGUGGUCGUCUACCUCAUCCUCCUGGCUUCGUAUUACUUCGCUCCGUCUCCAGCUGUCUGCUGAAAGCGGAACUCCGUUUCACUUCAAAUUAUUUUUAAACCAUUGUGGACAAAAUGAGCAAAAAACUGUUACUGAUGGAUUAGCUCAGUUGCUAAGGAGUGAAAUCUUUAUUUUCUUUAAGGCAACAGAAAAGUCAACUGCGGUAGCUACUUUCAUCUGCAGUCUUAAUUAUGACUCUGCUGAAAGACAUGUAAAGAAAAUGUUAAUCCCUUUAUUGUCCCACAAUGGGGAAUUUGUUCUCUGCAUUGUGACCCAUCCCCUGCGGGGAGCAGUGGGCUGCCAUUGUGUGGUGCCUGGGGAGCAGUGUGGGGUUAAUGGUUUUGCUCAGGAACUCAGAGUGGAGGCUGUGGGGAUCAAACUGGGUACUUGCAACCUUUUCAGAGUACAAGCGCACUGCUCUAACCACUAGACCGACACUCCCCUAAUAUACAUAUUUAACAGAGUUGCUUUAUUCUCAUGAAGGGUUUUCUUAUGAAACUGUGAAGAAAUAAAAAAGGUGUAUUUUUAAACAUUGAAAAUAUACAAUAAAAAAAAAAAAAAAACAUUU